GACAGGGGGUCCACGUUCAACGUGUUUGUGGGAAAAGGUCAACUUAUUGCUGGGAUGGACCAAGCUCUGGUCGGCAUGUGCGUGAACGAGCGGCGGUUCGUGAAGAUCCCCCCGCAGCUCGCCUACGGGAGUGAGGGCGUCUCUGGUGUGAUACCCCCCAAUGCUGUGCUCCAUUUUGAUGUCCUUCUGAUCGAUCUCUGGAACUCGGAGGACGAAGUGCAGAUUCAGACUUACUUCAAACCUGGCAAAUGUCCUCGGACAGUCCAGGUGUCUGACUUUGUACGAUACCAUUACAAUGGAACAUUCUUAGAUGGGACCCUGUUUGAUUCAAGCCAUAAUCGGAUGCGCACUUACGAUACCUAUGUGGGAAUUGGAUGGCUGAUUCCUGGUAUGGACCAGGGCCUCUUGGGAAUGUGCGUAGGAGAGAAGCGCAUUAUCACAAUACCACCUUUCCUGGCAUACGGAGAAGAAGGAGAUGGUAAGGAGAUCCCCGGCCAAGCUUCCCUCGUCUUUGAUGUGGUUUUGCUAGAUCUCCAUAACCCUAAAGAUGGUAUCAGUAUUGAGAACCAGCAGGUGCCUGAGUCUUGUGAGCGGAGAAGCCAGACGGGAGACUUUCUUCGAUACCAUUACAAUGGCACCCUCUUGGAUGGCACGUUGUUUGAUUCCAGCUAUUCCCGAAAUCGUACAUACGACACCUAUGUUGGGAAAGGUUAUGUGAUUGCUGGCAUGGAUGAAGGUUUGCUGGGUGUAUGCACUGGUGAGAAAAGGAGAAUAAUCAUCCCCCCUCAUCUUGGAUAUGGAGAAGAAGGAAGAGGAAAGAUUCCAGGAUCUGCAGUGCUGGUCUUUGACAUCCACGUGGUUGACUUCCACAACCCCUCAGAUUCAGUCAGCAUUACUGUUAAUUACAAACCUUCCAAUUGCACCGUCCUGAGUAAGAAGGGAGAUUACUUGAAGUAUCACUACAACGCCUCGCUCCUGGAUGGGACUUUGCUAGACUCGACACACAGCCUGGGCAAGACUUACAACAUAGUUCUGGGAUCUGGGCAGGUGGUGAUAGGGAUGGACAUGGGCCUUCAGGACAUGUGUGUCGGGGAACGACGAACAGUUGUUAUUCCACCUCAUCUUGGUUAUGGAGAAGAUGGAGUUGAAGGAGAAGUGCCUGGGAGUGCUGUAUUAGUUUUUGACAUUGAACUGCUGGAACUGGUGUCUGGCUUGCCUGAAGGAUACAUGUUUGUAUGGAAUGGGGAAGUCUCUCCCAAUCUUUUUGAAGAAAUAGACCAGAAUCAUGAUGGAGAGGUUCUUUUGGAAGAGUUUUCAGAGUACAUUCAAGCACAAGUCGAUUCUGGCAAAGGAAAACUGGCUCCUGGUUUUGAUUUUGAAAAGAUUGUUAAAAAUAUGUUCACCAACCAAGACCGGGAUGGAAAUGGUAAAGUUACUGCUGAAGAAUUUAAGUUGAAAGACCAGGAGGCCAAAGAGGAACAUGAUGAACUGUAAAGCUAAGAGAAGAGAAAAAAAAAAGAGUCCUGAGUUGACCUACCCUUUGAAAGUGUGUACUGGAAGAGGUUUCAGCAAGCAUGUUUCUGAAAGGUCAGCACUCAGACAGCCUGUGUCUGCCUGUGCCUGUGUGCUGGUAGGCUGUUAAAACAGGAAGAGAUUUUCAGCUGGAAUUGUUAGGGAUAUCUGAAAAAAGUGUUAAGUGCCUCCAGA